ACGCAGGGAGCAUGCUAAAGACCUGCAGCUAUUUGCCUUGUACAAUUUGCUCAUUUCUCUUUAUUUCUCUGUUUUCCUGCACUGAUCACUUAAAGGACAAUCUCUCUUGCAAACAAAAUCCCCGGAGCCUGAUUAGAGGGACUGAAGGCUCCCAGACACGGAUUGCCUGCCAGCCACAGCACGGCGGAGCGGGCCCGGCAGGAGGCGGAGCGGGCCGCCGCACGUCCCCCGGCCGGUCGGCCGGCCCCCCCGCCAUGGGUCGGAAGCGCUGCGUGGGGGGAGACGGCUCCAAGAUGGCGGCGGGUUGCUGCGGGGUGAAGAAGCAGAAACUCUCCAGUUCCCCUCCCUCGGGCUCGGCCGGCGCGGGAGGUGGCAGCAACAGCUCCCACUGCGGCGGGGCGGCGGCGGCGGGGGGCGAGCCGGGGACGUUGCCCCCGUCAGGGGGCCCGCGCCUCAACGGCCUUGGGGCGCUGGCGGGGGGCGCCGCUGGCUGCGCUCUCUCCUCGCCGCUGCCGCCCAGCUGCGGCGGGGGCCCCGCCGGCCUCUCGCCGCCGGCCGCCGCCUCGCUGCUCUCCUCCCCCGGCGCCGGCUCUGGCGGGCCCGGCUGCAGGAAGAUGGUGGUGUCGGCCGAGAUGUGCUGCUUCUGCUUCGAUGUGCUCUACUGUCACCUAUACGGCUACCAGCCCCCGCGGAGCCCCCGCUUCACCAACGACCCCUACCCACUGUUUGUAACGUGGAAGAUCGGUCGAGAUAAACGAUUGCGUGGAUGCAUAGGUACUUUUUCUGCCAUGAACCUGCAUUCAGGACUCAGGGAGUACACACUUACUAGUGCCCUUAAAGAUAGUCGUUUCCCCCCAAUGACGAGGGAUGAGCUGCCACGGCUUUUCUGCUCAGUGUCUCUACUCACUAACUUUGAAGAUGUAUGUGACUACAUGGACUGGGAGGUGGGUGUACAUGGCAUUAGAAUAGAAUUCAUCAAUGAAAAAGGAUCAAAACGCACCGCCACCUACUUACCGGAGGUUGCAAAGGAGCAAGGAUGGGACCACAUUCAAACCAUAGAUUCCUUAUUGAGGAAAGGAGGCUACAAAGCUCCGAUUACGAAUGAAUUCAGGAAAACAAUAAAGCUAACCAGGUACCGUAGUGAGAAGAUGACGAUGAGCUACACAGAGUACCUUGCCCAUCGUCAGCAUCAUCACUUCCAAAAUGGUAUUGGACACCCCCUUCCACCGUACAACCAUUAUUCCUGACACUGAGCCGCAUGACCAGUCACUGGACCUCUCUGCAGACCUCUUCCCAGGAGACCCUGCCCCUUCUUGGUCUAGCUAUCUCUAUUACUGUACUAUUUUAUGAUGAUAGUUUCCGUUGCCAUGUUGAGGCUUCUUGGUUAAGCUCAUCAUGGCAACGGGUGGGAAAACUACAUUACUACAAAGAACCCAUACUUUUUUUAUUAUUGAGUCACUGCAGAUUUUUUUGCAGCCUAUAUAGCCCUUGGGGUUUUUUAUGGAACUUAAAAUUUCUACUUCAUUAACAUUGAAUUAUAUCAGUCAAGGCUUUCUGUGACUGUGGAUGGAAGGAAGAGUUUAAGGAUUACAGUUAGGGAUUCUUUGCUUAGCAAAUAGGCAUUCAUGGCUUUUGCAUUACUAGGUGUGACAGGGAAUGAAACAUAUCAGAUUCAGGUAUUACACUAGACAAUUAAUUGCAUUUUCAUAAUGUUUGUAACAAUGUUGUGUGUACAAUAUCUCACUGUCAUGGUAAAGAUUUCAUGUAGCUAUGUACCUGAUCUUCAAAUGCAGCAUAUACAGCCCAAAUUUGAAGGCUGACACACAAAAAUGAAGAGAAGCAAUUACAGGUACAAUGAGAGGUGAUGUUAGCAUUGCAGCCUUUUCAGAACCCAGUGGUCUAAUUGAUUAGGGCAUGACAUAAUCCAGUGGGCUACCAGGUACCUUUGUCUCUCAUGCUGUGCUGGGAAUCAAGGGCGAUCCAGCUCUGUCAAGACUCAUCAUAAAAAUGCAUUUGUAAUGAGAUGAUGCCUUUCUGAUGAUCUCAUAUUAGAAGUGACAUUUGUUUUUACAAGCAGGUUGGUGAGUAGCAGAUGUCAUAUUAGGAAGAAAAUGGAUUUAGAUUUUAGUGCCUUUGACUAUAACAUAACUAUAUACUUUAUAUAUAAGAGUCAUAGAAAAAAUAUAGCAAAUCUGCCAGACAUUCUAGCAAACUAUAUUGAGUCUGCUCUGGCAUCAGGUUUGGGGGUAUUUUUUAAAGUGAGAUUUUUUUUUUUCUUAUAUAGCAAACCUGUUUUGGAAAAGGAAAAAUCCCUGUUUUGUUCUUUCUUCUGCUUUUGAACUUGUUGAGUUUUAUCGAGUCAUGAAUAGCUAGAUAAAGGUAAUUAUCAUUUAAAAAAAUUACUUGUAAAAGAGCACAGGACAAGUAUGCCAUGAUUUCACAUUUUCAUCUAUUACAGGAACAGUACUCAAGAGCUCUGAGUACUGUGUAAUAAUUCUGAUACCCCUCCACAUGGUAGAAAAAAGAAAACCAAUUGGAACUUUAUCCUGCUGUAAAGAUAGGAAUUAGUAAAAGGUAUGCAUGGUAUAUUUGCAAGCUCCAGUUCCUUGCUUAUGUGCCUGCAGAACUCCCACUGAUACCUGCUAUAGUUCAUUGUGUAUUUUAGGGGACAAUACAUGCCACCUAUUACUGAAAAGACCUUCCCAAUAGGAGUAAACCACAGUAAGCAGAAAUCCCAGUGAUUUUGAGUAAUGAAUGUUUGUAAAUAUAUGGAUAUAUACAAUUCAAAUAGGUAACAGCAGUUAAAAUUAGUUGUUUAAAAAAAAAAAAGUAAAAAUAUUUCAGUAAGGUUUCAAAACCCCAGAUAUGGCUAAACUAUGCUCAUCCCUUACGUGAGAUUGGCUUUGCCACUAAUUUCUAUGAAGAUUCUUAUGGAAGGUCUUAAUAUUCCUUCAUCCACAGCAUUUGAUGUCCAAAUAUAACUUUUUCAGUUAUGAUGCCUUAAUUACAAGCAGAGGGCCUGAAGUUUCAGGAGCCAAGAGAUGCCAGCCAGAAGCUGCAACAAUUAAUAGAUGUUUAUACAGAGGUUAUUUUGAAUGAUAACUGUUGUCGUGUUUCUACUUGGGGAACACUUUUAAAUGGCUUAGUCUUCAAGUGGAAAUAGCAAGGAGUGGCUACCUGAUAGAGUUGUGUUGGUUUCUUUUCUUGCCCUUAUAGGGAAACUGAGCACAAAACGAAAUUGUUCUGCUGAAAAAAAAAAAGAAAGGAGGAAAAAAAAAGGAAAAUAAAAACACAAAAAAAAAGAAAAAAAAACCCAAGAAGAAAAGUCAUCCAACCCCAUCUUUAUCUAUCAUCUCGUUACAGCAUGCUCAUGUGUAUGAGCUCAUUGUUAGAAGUUUUUUAAGAAGUUCUAUUAUAUAUUAAAAUAUAUAUGUAUUGAAAGGUGCUAAUCAACCUCAAGCAGGUCACGUGACUGGUCAUGCGGAUCUAAAAUCAUAUCAGAUUUUUUAAAAGAUCUUCGAUAUAUGCAGAUGUUAUACAGAAUUUCUUACCAGUGUAAUAAGGAUGAUAUACUGAUGAAUAAACAAUCCUGCAGGUUUUUAAGGACAAGGUCAGCAAUACUUCCCACCAUGGCUUGGGGGAGAAAAGGAUAAUUUUGUCUCCUUUUUGUAUACAGCAUAAUGCACAAUGCAUUUUUGUCUAUCUCUUAGUAGCUGUUGCUUACAAAUAUAGUUAAAAAGGUGUUAUACAAACUGUAAAGGUGUGCUUUUGAAAUGAGGUAAUACCAGACCCUUCUGGACCAGAGUUUUGUAUCACUAAUUAAAAAACUGUUACAGAGUCUGCGGUCAAUCAGAUUGUACGAUAUUUCUUUACAAGAUUAGUAUAAUCAGUCUAUCUGCAGUGUUUCUAGGGCACCUACCUCCUCAGCAUGCAAGUGCUGAAAACGCUACGGAUUGUUUCUGUGUAAUUGUGGGUUUAUUUGUACAAAACGUGGUGUUCACUGUGACAUGCACUGGGACAGAAUAGGUCUGUUUGCUUAAAGCUGAUCAACCCUUACUUUCAUUAAAUGUCCUUCUCCGCUAGUUCUGUUUAGUACCCUUUUGGGUAGAUUGAUGGGUUUAGACAGAUUUUUCUUUUCAUUUGGGCUACUUUAUUUGAAGUUAACGUACAACCAAGUAGCUUAUGACACUGUUAAGUUGGAAUGCUCCUUUUUUUAAAUGAGUACUACUCAGUUUGCCUUAUUCAUUAAACAGACUGUUGGGGUUUUUUAAGUUCUUUUUGCUUAAUGUUCCUAAAACCCCUAUUCUGUAAGCUGAGUUAGACAACAAAACCAUAGACUCUAAAUGAACCUAUUACGUAGUCAUGCUUCAAGUGGCCUUCCUUCUGCCUAGACUGCUGUAGCACUGACCUUUCACCAUCUCAACCCCACCACUGGUCAUAGCAGGAGGAGGGCACCCUGGAGUUCUGACCUCAGAUACACUAUUCAAUCUAGGCAGUUGAAUCGCUUUGCACACCCUGGCGUUUGUAUGCAGACCUCUUUACUGUCUUCAAAAGUGCGGGUUUUUAAAAUUGUUGUCUGGAGUAGGUUACAUCUCUUAUGUGUGUUAGAUCGAACCAAAGAAGCCUCCAGCCAUGCCCAAAUGCUGCUCCUAAAGCCUGCCUUCCAAUCCUUACAAAAGCCCUGCAGGAUUAAAUGUGUUAACUUUUUUAUUUUUGUACAGUUUCUAACUGAUUUUUGCUAGUGAUGUUAACUGAAUUGUUUAUUUGGGGAGUAUGAAAUUCUCCAUUUAAAUAAACUGGUGACUUUCCUUUUAUGUUUUAGAAAAAUAAAAUGGAAGAAAAAAAAAACAAAAAAGAGAAACCCAAUGUGUGCCUCUCAGAUUUAAGGGUUUCUGGUUACAUUUAUUCUUAAGACCAGCAAUGAUUCUUUCUAUACAAAGAUAUGUUUUCCUCAUUUUUUUAUUACUGUUAAAUAAAAAAUAAAAACCUCUUUCUUUGCUCUGGACCCAGUAAUUGUGCUGGUACAUAAACGCACUGAGAAAACAAACUUUUGUUUGGAACUUUUAUAACAACUUAUGACUGUUUUUGUAUAUCAAAGUUGAUUCUUUUCAAGAUAUUUGGAUCUAGUUUCUAAGUUAUUUUAGUGUUUUAUAUGUUACAAAAAAAAAAAAAAAAACAAAAACUUUAAAUUGUUCACCAGCAUCUUUGAGUUAUCUUUAAUGCAAUGGUGACAUGCAAUGGGCUUAGAGCUACCUGGUGUAGCUUGUAAGGCCUCUGUCUUCUUCCUUCCUUAGUAACUUGAUUAUGAUAAUAUCACACAUUACCUGAUCCCUCCUUCCUUUAUAACUAGAUCCUCCUUCCUUCCACAUUUAAUUGCUAUUAGUGUGAAGAAACUGUUGAAAUGGGCAUUUUAAUAUAAGUACGGCUUAAAAAAGAGAAAAAUGAGGAAAAAAGUUUUUAAAAAAAAGUAUAUAGAAGGUUAUCUGUGGGUCUGUGAGAUAUGGCUGUGGAAAGAUAUUGUAGUAGUUUUAACACUAUUGUUAUUACCUUUUAAGUCAUUUUACCCAAUAAAAUAAGGAAAAAGAAUCACCA